AUGGCGGUGCCACAGAAUCAGGAGAUGGUGGUGAUGAAGAUGAUGUCAAUAAUGGUGAGCCAGAAGGCGAGGCUCUCCAUGCGGCCAUCAAGGCAGAGGAUGUCACCGAAGAUGGUGCCACCGGGGAUGAGCUCGACAGUGCCAUGGGAGAAGGAGCGCACAGGAACACAACACAGAAAUGUGAACGAUGGGUGGUACUUCUUUACUCAGAGAGAACGUGAAGGAGAGAACAUAUUCAAACGUGAAACGGGAAAUGGUUCAUGGAGGCCUGUCGGUAAAGAGAAGGAGAUUGUGGUGGAAAACGAAGGCCUUAUUGGCUACAAGAGAUCACUUGAAUAUUUCAGCGAGGGGAAGAGAACCGAGUGGCUGCUGAAGGAGUACAGCAGUACCCUGGAGUCGCAGCAACCUGUUAACCCUCAAAGCGAUCCGAAGCUGACGGAUACUGUGAUAUGCCGAUUUUAUCGCCGCCCAAGGCCACGUGGCACCGGGACCAUCCCAAGACCAUGA